AUGAGGAAAACGAACAGUACGUGGGUGGUGCAGAAGUAUGGGGGGACGAGUCUGGGCAAGCUCCUAGAUAGGAUAACCGGAGAAAUCAUUCCCAGCUCCCUUGAGCAUGAUAGAGUGGCAAUAGUCUGUUCCGCACGAUCUGGCACAACCAAGUCCACGGGCACGACCAAGCUACUGCUUGAAGCCAUCUCUCAUGCCACAGACCCCAGCCUUGGGUCGGGCGAGCGACUUGACAAUGCUGUUAGCAUUAUUCGAGAUCAGCACCUGGAAGCUGUGAACUCAGUUGUUGGCGAUGGGUCCAGAUAUGCCAGUGGUAAGCCAGCCAAAGAACUGGAAUUGAGUAUAAUCGACGAGUGUGAACGCCUUCGGACUUUCCUCCAUGCUGCGCAAACGGUUGGGGAGCUGCCUCCGCGUUCGCAGGACCGUGUACUUGCACUCGGAGAGAAAUUGGCGUGUCUCAUAACCGCAUCGUCAUUGGAACACAGAGGCUUUGGUGCAAAGGUUGUACUGCUGGAGGACAUUGUCGAGCAAGCGUACCCAAGUGAUCCAAAUGGACCAGAAGCAGCGUAUGAGGAGCUUGGACCUCACUUCUAUGAUCGAAUUUCGAUAAAGAUAGGGGAAAAGAUACAAGAAUGCGGUGAUAGGAUCCCCAUAGUCACUGGAUUCUUUGGGGCAAUGCCACAUUCCCUUCUUCACAGCGUUGGCCGGGGCUAUUCAGACUUCUGCGCAGCGAUGUGUGCUGUGGGCAUCGGCGCUCGUGAAGUCCAGAUAUGGAAGGAGGUCGAUGGCAUCUUUACCGCGGAUCCUAACAAAGUGCUGUCGGCUAGGCUGCUCGCGACAGUGACUUGCGAAGAAGCAGCAGAGCUGACCUAUUUUGGGAGCGAAGUACGUGGUCCUGACCUGCUUUCUUCUCCAGUCCUUCCGGCCACCUCGAAUUGUGGAGAUCUUACCGGAUUCGCGCUGUGA